UGUUUUAAUAUUUUAUUUGUAUUUAUCAGUGAUACCCACAAUGGGAGGGUUAGGAAUUUUAUUGUUAUUUGUUGGAAUGUUUAUCAGCUUUUCGGCAUCAGCAAAAGUACAAUACACAGGACAUGAACUUUGGAGAGUGACGCCUUCAUCAUCUGAAGCUCUCACUAAGAUAAGACAAAUUGGGGAAUUGUUCAAGCUUGACAUUUGGCAACAUCCUAAAGCUGUCAAUCUUUCAGUCGAUUUUCGAGUCGAACCGAAACAAGCCCAAAACCUGAAAAAGGCACUUGAACUUGACGGCUUCGAAAUUACUGUCCUUGUACCAGACAUCCAGUCACUUAUAGUUGGGGAAAAAGUGAGCACUAAACGCGAAGUCAGGGCUUCAGCGGGUAGUGUGGCGAAUUUUGUUUACUCUGAGUAUCAUCCUGCCGAAGAGGUAUACGAAUGGAUGAAUUUGGUAAUAAAAGAGCACAGCCCAACAGUCACGAAAGAACAAUUUGGCAUUACUUAUGAAGGAAGGCCACUGUAUGUGUUGAAGUUUCAAAAACCAGCUAUUAAUCCAAAACCAGUUAUUUUUGUUGAUGCUUUGAUUCAUUGCAGAGAAUGGAUUACGACUGCAUCUCUCUUGUUCAUAUUCAAAGAGAUGCUGCGAAAUCCCGAAUAUGCACACAUGCUUGAUGACGCAGACUGGUAUUUUUUGCCGAUGAUCAAUGUUGAUGGAUAUGUCAAAACAUGGACAGAAGACAGACUAUGGAGAAAAACUAGAAGUCAAGGAGCAAGCAGUUUGUGUGAAGGUGUAGAUGGAAAUCGAAAUUGGGAUGCGUUCUGGUCAUUGCCAGGAGCAUCCAAACAUCCUUGUUCUGUGGUAUAUCACGGGCCGACCGCUAUAUCGGAAUCAGAAGUACGUCAUCUUGCAAAUUACGUCACUAACUUAGGCAAAGGGAGUAUCGAUGCUUACAUCACUACCCAUUCAUACUCUCAGUUAAUUCUAUAUCCAUACCAUCAUACUGCGGAACCUUCUAAAGACGAUGAAAUUUUGAAAGCAACAGGAAAACUAAUGCACGAUGCCAUAAAAUCGGUUCAUGGGAAGACUUACGUAUAUGGCCCAGGAUCUACAACAAUUUAUCCAAGCUCCGGAACUACAACUGAUUGGACCUACGAAGUUGCCGGAAUAGUUCAAUCAUAUACAUAUGAACUUCGUGACGAUGGUUCGAAAUAUGGUUUCCUCCUUCCGCCUGAUCAAAUCAUACCAAAUGGAGAGGAAUACAUUGCUGGAUUACAGGCUCUCUCCAACUAUCUGAAAGACAAGAUGAGUGGUACCUUACUGUAAGGCAGAGCAAACAUGUAUAUAUAAAACAUUUGUGAUUUCUUGCUGUUUUAGUUUGUAUAGCUCACGUUCAGAAUAUUUCUUUUUGGAGACAUUCAUUUACUUUUCUCAACUUUUGAAACAAUCGAAACAUUUUACUCAAAAACAUUAGAAGGUAUUGUAGCAAGCUAUUGAUAAUUUUAUGUGAUGAUAGAAGUUUGAAAGUCUUGUAAACAGUUAUUGAAGUUUACAAUGUUUUAAAAAUUGACGUCAUUUUUGAAUAUAAUA